AUGUCUUCUGAGCCAGGACCGACGACGCCUCUGCUCAUGCCAGUGCCUCCUCGGCGUCAUCUGUCCAGAAGAGUGGUCGCGGACACGCUCCGCAUCGUCAAAGUCAUCUGGUUCCAGAGCUACAUCAACUGGUUGCUGCUCCUCGUGCCCGUGGCGCUGGUCGCAAGCGAAGACGAUGGCUGGGACACGUCGGCUGUGUUUAUCCUGAAUUUCCUGGCGAUUUUGGCCUUGUCGUCGGUGCUGUCCUUUGCGACAGAUGAAUUGGCUAAGAGUACCGGUCAGACGGUGGGUGCGUUGGUGAAUGCCACUUUUGGCAAUGCUCUUGAAAUGAUUGUCGGCAUCACUGCCGUCAAUCAAGGCGAAAUUCGGAUCGUGCAGUCGAGUAUGAUCCUGGGAUGUACCUUCUUUUUUGGAUGCUACAACAAAGAGGGGAUGAAUUUCACUGCAGAUGUUAUCGGCGUCAUGGUAUCCUUAAUGAUCGUCUCGUGUGCGACCCUCAUCAUUCCAUCCGCAUUGGCGACCAUGACGCCGUGGAAACGAGCCGAGCUCGAGCGUAGUAUUCUCAGUCUUUCUCGUGCUACCGCUAUUAUUCUUCUAAUCUUCUAUCUCGUCUACCUCUACUUCCAACUCAAAAGCCACGCCGACAUCUUCGAAGACGACCAGACCCAAGGCGAGGACGAGGAAGAAGUCCAGCUGGGCCUGUGGUCGUCGAGCAUCGUUCUGCUGCUUACUACCCUCGGUGUGACCUUUUGCUCUGAUGCACUGGUCGACUCGGUGGACGGGAUAGUCCGGACAUGGCACAUUAGCCGGGCCUUUAUCGGACUGAUCAUCGUGCCCAUCGUGGGCAACGCAGGAGAGUUUACGGCGGCUGUCAGCGCGGCCAUGUCUGGGAAAAUGGAUCUGGCGGUCAGUCUGAUUGUGAGCGCCACCUUGCAGAUUGCCCUGUUCGUGACCCCGUUCCUGGUUCUGUGCGGCUGGAUCAUCGGCGAGCCCAUGUCGCUGUUCUUCAGCACGUUUGAGACGGUUGUGCUUUCCUUCUCGGUGGUGGUUGUGAACUGCCUGGUCCGCGAGGGCCGGGCGAAUUAUCUCGAAGGUAUCUUGUUGGUGGGCACGUAUGUGAUUGUGGGCAUCGCGUUCUACGUCCAUCCCGAGGAUGUGCCAGUACUUGCCUAG